GUUUUGACUGCAGUCAGUCACAGUCUGCUGGACAACCUGAGUGCGCUCAUCACCCGACAAUCUUCCAUCAGCUCACUACAUGCUGUAGAGCUGAUCAACUUUGGAUUGUCCGGCGCCGAGCCUGCCUUUCUCAAAGCUCCACUCUGAAGGCUUGCUUUUCAGCUCUCCCGGAAUAUCGCUCGUCGAGCAGAACCAAAAAUUCUACCCUCUUCGCACUGCCAGUGGCCCUUGACAUUAUUCACGGCGCUUGACUUCGUCGCUGCAGCUUCACAUAUUUUCUCGAGACCUCCACAUUACCUCUUUCGAUCCUAAAGUACUCAUCUCAGCGCGCAGGCUGUUCAUGAUGUCGGCACCUGCUCCUGUGGGCGUCGAAUCGGGCCCUCCGCUUCCCGUCGGCCAAUUUGUGGACUUCAAUUCUCAUGGGCCACAGCCGGUGAAGGCAUUCCCUUACGCUUCGCUUGCAGCUAUUGAGUCUCAGUCACGACGAGGACCGCCCUCUGCAUCAGGAUCUACUUCUGGAAGAGCCACGCCAGGAGGGUUGGAACCCCUGCCAGAAGCCUCGCACAUCAAUGCGCUCUCGGAGGCUUCUGGGCCAUCGCCGGCUGGCUUACCGGGUCCGAAAGGCUCAACUUCAGCCACGUCGCGACCCCAUGGCAAAGCAGCAUCAAGCAGGCUUGAAGGGCUGAACGCAGACAUCGAUGCGGCUCUAGCUGGCCUUACUCAAGUUCAACGGCUUCGCGCUGUCCUUCGCUCAGAAGGCUACGACAAGAUAGUGGUGCCCCUGACGAACGAAAAGUGGAAAGACAGAUGGGAGAGAAUGUGCUUGGCUCCAGCAACGCCCGUCAUGAACGGGCACAUGGCUGCUGAUGGCCCCGCUCCUGCUCAUGAUUCACCUGGCGCAAGCGCUUGGGACCAGCCCAAGCAUGCGAUGAGCAAUCCAGGCGCGAUGGGUGAGAGCUGGGAGAUCUUGACCAGGGAGCAAGGCAUGAAGAGGAGCACUUCGCGCCCUCACGUCGCGCUGCCUGACGACUCGCCUCGUCGAGGUGGCACAGCACCGGAGGGAGCUCCAAAGAGCGGUGGUGGCAGCGGACCUGCUGCGACGUUCAAGCGAAAGCUCAAAUCGCCGAUCAUGUCCGGACACGGCUCAGGAGGGAGCAGCAAGAGCCCGCCAUCGGAAGCCUCUGCUCCAAGUACAGCCUUUGCGUUCUCAUCGGAAACAGAGGAACAGGCGAGAAUGCGGGAAGCUGAAGAUUGGAGGCGUGCCCCAGCCUUUAGGCGGAACGAAGUGAACAUUGCAAAGAUUGAUGAGACUGAUGGGCUGGUCGCUGUCAUAAGUCCUUGGUUGGAGCUUGACUCGCCCGAUGAGGGAGUGCGACUGGACAGCGAAAUCGCGCUUCGACAAGAAGUAGCGUAUGCAGCCUUUCUCGGAAUCCCCCAAGUCGUGCUCCCAGCACCUUCGAGCUCUCCCUCUCACGUCCCGUUUCUCCCAUUCUACGCGCGAGCCAUCAGCGGUCUAAUGAGCAGCGGCGGGACCGAGACUGCCCCGGCAGGCAGCUGGAUGCAGCUGUCCCUGCGCCUGCCAGUAUCAUCAGUACAUGCAGCCCGUAUCUGGCUCAACAAGCAGGGUGGGGCCAAGUCAAGCAAGUCGACCGAAAGUCUCGAUAGCGGCUUCACAAGCGGAACCGAGCGGGAUCGCAGCGCCGCAGUGCGAGGUGACCAUGACUGGGCUUGGGGCGUCUGGGAGCUGAUGCGUCAAAUUACUGGAUAUCCCACUCGGCUCAGCGUAGCUUUGGAUCUAGGCGUUCCUCUACCGUCGGCAGCUUCGCUCUCGCAUUGGGCGGCUGAGCCUGUGGGAUUGGUUCUGAUGCCUGCCGGCUCCUUCUUGGCCAACGCGAAAGGGUUCCCGGUAUUGUCAAAGGCAGCUCAAAGCCUGUGUCGAAGCUUGAUGCGAAGGAAACCGCUCUUCGUGUUGUCUGGCAUUCAGGAACCGCCACCUCGACACACUCGAGGAACGCCAUCAGGUUAUUUGCAAUACUUGAGACACAUCGAGCGCAGCGCCCCUGCAGAAAGUGCGGUGGAUACAUUUGCGCGAGGAUAUGCAGAUUGGCUGCAGGCGCCACUGCAGCCUCUGAUGGACAACCUCGAAAGUCAAACCUAUGAGGUGUUCGAGCGAGACCCCAUCAAGUAUCAGCUUUACGAGGAAGCAGUCGCGCAGGCUCUGGCUGAUCGUUCGGUCAUGGGGGUCAUUUCGGUAUGGGUGUGCGGAGCAGGAAGGGGACCUCUGGUGUCAAGGGUGCUCGCGGCUGCCACCAAAGCUCGCCGCAACGUCAAAGUCAUUGCGCUGGAGAAGAAUGCUAAUGCGCUGGUCACGUUGCAGGAACGCAUCGUCAACGAGUGGGGAGACAAGGUGGAGCUCAGGUUCGGCGACAUGAGAACGAUGCCUGCUCCGUCUGAUGUGCGGCAGCGAGCCGACAUUGUUGUAUCCGAGCUGCUGGGCAGCUUUGGCGACAAUGAACUUAGUCCGGAAUGCUUGGAUGGUGCGAUGCGGUUCUUGAAGCCGGACGGCGUGUCAAUACCUUCAUCCUAUACACCUUUCUUGACGCCUCUUUCGUCUGCAAAGCUCCAUAGCGAAGUCCUGAAUGUCGGGGGAUCGACCGGCAAUGCCCCUUCGAGCGGGUCUCUGACGGAACGGUUGACGAAAGCGUCAGAGACACCGUAUGUGGUCUUGUUUCAAGCUGUGCAGCUACUUGCGGCUCAUGGAGGGAGGGGCAAUUGGGAGCAGGUGCAACAUGCUUGGACCUUCGAGCACGCGCCUCUCGAAAGCACUCCCACCGUGCGUGGUCACGAUGGUCUUCCGAUCACCAACCAACACAAUGUGCGCUCGACCACGCACACUUUCCACAUUCCGGAAGCCGGUACCUGUCAUGGCCUCGCUGGCUACUUUGAGGCGCAUCUGUAUGGCAAUGUGUUUUGCUCCAUCCAUCCAGACCCAGAACGGACGAGCACGGAUAUGCUGAGCUGGUUUCCCAUCUUCUUUCCGUUCAAGGAGCCGCUUUAUCUUCCAGCCAAAUCAGAGCUUGACGUCAGCAUGUGGAGAUUGACUUCGGACAGAAAGGUGUGGUACGAGUGGUGUGCGCAAGCGUACCUAUCUGGUGCUGCGCUAGCGAUUCAGACAGAAGCAGAGGUCAGACCUUCGGCACGCCGACAAGCCUCUAUACCAGGGCUGAGAACGGUAUCGGCAGCGUCCAACGAUUCUCACGACGCGGGUGCCAAUGGAGCCUUCGUGAACGCGCCCAACACGCCUGGCAUGCCAAGUGUGCUUUUGCCGAGCGCGAGCGACGAGGUGCAUCCACAUUCUGGUGCAGCUGCAGCCAUGGGAAGGCCCAAAUCUGUGGCUGGCAACCACGUCGCCACGAGCAACAUCGUUAUUCCUCAACGCAUCUACAUCGCUGGGACUGCUCUGCACAAUCCGGGAGGGAGGUCAAGCUUCGUCGGCAUGUGAAUGCGAAGGCACGAUCUUGCGCAGCUUGUCUGUUCUUUACCCUCUGCCUCCCUCUUCCAAAAUUGCUCCCCGAUCUUCCUUGCCGCUCCCUGAGAGGCACUGCCUGGUAGAGCUGUUCGAUCGUUCGCGUUUGUGUAACAAAAUCUCACUCCGUGCUGCAUCAUCUAAUUGUCUUCGCUUGCGGCAAUGUGGAAGGCAUGGAUCCGAUUGUGCUGAUCG